AUGGUUAUUGGAAGCCAGUCAUCCCAGCUCCUGGACAUCUCUUCAGAAGUUCCUCAGGAACAAAGAAAGGUCUAUGCACAGGCUCUGAACUCCAGGGAAAAUAACAUUCAGUACCGGGUUGAGCACCUGAUUACCUGUGACCUCAACUCAAAGGACAUGGUGACGGUGGAUCAUUGUAUUAACAAGCUCAAGCUGCUUGAUGCCAAGGGUAAAAUCUGGGGACAAGACAUGAUCCUGCAGCUGAAUCCCACUGCUUUCAAAAUGGUCGACAUUGAGACCAAGGAUGAUUUGGAACACUUCCCCAUUGAAGAUAUUCAAGACUGUCAGGCAAUAUUAAACAGCUGUAUCUACAACUCAGUGCUGGCCAUCACUAUUAAGCACAGGACGAAGAAGAAUGCCAGUGUCUACUUGUUCCAGUGCGAGGAAGUCUCUGCUGACCUGAUACAGACUGAUGUUGAUAACAUGGUCAGAGGGAAGAAAGAGGAACAAGGGAACCAUGACAUGCUCAGGUUUGUAGUUCAUAAGAACAUAAAGAACCAGCAGUAA